ACGCGAGCGACGACCUCUCCUCCCCCCUCAACCCGUUUUAUUCGCUCCCAUCUCCCCGAGCAGAAGAAAUCCAGAGGACGGAACGAGAGCUAGGGUUUUGAUUCCGGCCGCACGCCACCUCCCUCCCCCCCUCUCCCCCCCCAAAAAAAAAACGCAUCCGGCGCCGUCUGCGGCUCGGAGGCUCGGGGCGACACCAAGGCCGGGAGAGCCUGAAGCGGCGUACCCUCCACCCAAUCGCCGACCCCCGCGCGUCGCAAGAGUUACCGUUGCACUAUUGGAGUUUGCCACUUCGUUGUUCACUGAACAAUUUAAAUAUGUCAUAUUACGCAAGAAGGGGUGGUGAUAGGGGUAGUGGCCGUAUCCAAGGAAGUCGUGGGCGAGGUGGACAUGCCCUGCGUGGAAGAUCAGGACUGCCUCCUCGAGCACCUCUUGGUGUUAGCUCCCGACCAUCUGCACGCACUAUUGCUAAGUCAUUUAGCAGAACCAAAGACAUGACCUGGAGACCUGAUCUAUUUAGUGAUAGUAUGGCGGCUAGUGGAAUAGAAACUGGUACAAAAUUGUACAUUUCAAACUUGGAUUAUAGGGUUUCUAAUGAGGAUAUAAAGGAGCUGUUUUCAGAAGUUGGCCAUUUGAAACGCUUUGCUGUUCAUUACGAUGGUUAUGGCCGCCCAAAUGGCACUGCAGAGGUGGUGUUUACACGAAGGAGUGAUGCAAUUGCUGCACUGAAACGUUAUAAUAAUGUUCUACUUGAUGGUAAAGCUAUGAAGAUAGAAGUCAUUGGAAGUGACUUAAGCUUGCCUAUGACACCUCGUAUAAAUGUUGUUGGGGCAUCUAAUGGCAGAGCUACAAGAACAGUUGUUAUGACGCCUGAGUUUAGUCAAUGUGGCAGAGGUUCAAGCAGUAGACUUUUAAGUAAUCCGAGCAACAGGUUUAACAACCGUGGUGGUUUCCAAGCUGGUCGAGGCCGUGCCCAGUUCCAGGCCCGUGGCAGGGGCCGUGCCCAGUUCCAGAGCCGGGGCAGGGGCCGCGGCCAAUUCCAGGGCCGCGGCAGAGGGAGGAAGCCUGAGAAGACUGCAGAUGAGCUGGAUAAAGACCUGGAAAGCUACCACGCGGAGGCCAUGAAAACCGAUUGAUUGCAAUGAUGGUGCUUCCUUUCAUGUCUCUGCUGGAAGAUUGUGGUGUAGCUGUUUGCGCCGUAUUAUUUUCUGGGAGCAUAGAACAUCUGUCUCCUUUGGUUUGAGGAAACUAUUCCCCUUGCCCUUAGUAAGCUUGAAUGAAAAACCGCCCUAGUGUCUAGUAUCUAGUGAUUGCCUUAAAACUCGCAACCUGAUGUGUUUAUUUUGUUUACCGGUUGCUUUGGAGAUUAUCAUGAAUGCUGCAAUGUCAAUCUAGAGAUGUUGACAAACUGCA